AAUAAUUUAGUGGGAGCAAGAAAAUGACAUUUGGUAGGUACGGUUGGAGCUAUCAAAUAGUCACAAGAAAAGAAAGCCUCUCAUCGGAUAUAUAUGCUGAGAGAGAGAGAGAGAGAGAGAGAGAGAGAGAGAGAGAGAGAGAGAGAGAGAGAGAGAGAGAGAGAGAGAGAGAGAGAGAGAGAGAGCAAGUGAGCAAGAGAGAUGUCACAAGACGGGGAAGAUCAUGCCAUGGAAAGCAAAGAAGGUGAAACCAAUAUGGCUGCCUGGCUUCUUGGUAUUAAAACGCUUAAGAUUCAACCAUACCAUCUUCCUCCUUUGGGACCCCAUGAUGUUAAAGUUCGAGUAAAAGCUCUGGGUAUUUGUGGAAGUGAUAUUCACCACUUUAAGACAAUGAGAUGUGCAAAUUUCAUAGUAAAAAAGCCAAUGGUAAUAGGACACGAGUGUGCGGGUGUAAUUGAAGAAGUAGGGAGUGAGGUGAAGUCACUAGAUGUGGGUGAUUGUGUGGCAUUAGAGCCUGGAAUCAGCUGCCGUCAAUGCACACUCUGCAAAAGUGGUCGUUACAAUCUUUGCCCAAAAAUGAAAUUUUUUGGCUCUCCACCAACUAAUGGUUCUCUUGCAAACAAAGUGGUGCACCCAGCAGACUUGUGCUAUAAGUUGCCAGAAAAUGUAAGCUUGGAGGAAGGCGCAAUGUGCGAACCUCUAAGUGUUGGUGUUCAUGCUUGUCGCCGAGCAAAUGUAAGUCCGGAGACCAAUGUAUUGAUCAUGGGAGCCGGACCUAUAGGCCUUGUUACUCUGCUGACUGCUCGUGCUUUUGGAGCUCCUAGAAUUGUCAUAACUGACGUUGAUGAUCGUCGAUUGUCGAUUGCCAAGAGUCUUGGUGCAGAUAAGACUGUUUUAGUUUCAACUAAUAUAGAGGAUGUAAGUGUAGACGUGGGGGAAGUCCAAAAAGCCAUGGGUUCUGACAUUGAUGUAAGCUUUGAUUGUGUUGGUUAUAACAAGACCAUGUCAACAGCUUUGAAUGCUACUCGUUCGGGUGGGAAAGUUUGCCUCAUUGGGUUAGCUCAGAGUGAGAUGACUGCUCCCCUUACCCCUGCUGCUGCAAGGGAGGUUGAUAUCAUUGGAAUAUUUCGUUAUAGGAAUACCUGGCCACUCAGCAUUGAGUUGUUGAGGACUGGUAAGAUUGAUGUAAAGCCACUGAUAACCCACAGAUUUGGGUUCUCACAGAAAGAUAUCAAUGCUGCUUUUGAAACUAGUGCUGGUGGGGGCAAUGCCAUUAAAGUUAUGUUUAAUCUUUAAGUGCUCACCUGAAUAACUACAAGGGCAAUGCCAACAUGUUUUGGUCCACCCAAUUCAACCACAAUAUCACAAUUGAUGUGCUAUGGUAUGAGUUAUUUAUUUGAUGUUAGACCAUUGACUUUGAUGGGAGCCAAAUGGCUUCUGCAGAUUGUUCGAGUUCAACAAUUGUCUCCUUUUCAAUAUCA